AUGCAGACGGCCAUCGAUGAACUCAGCUCGCUUAAGUGCCGGUACGCCAGCAAGCGCUGCUGGAACCUGCGCGCCAUCAAGCGCAAUGGCGAGCGUCACAACUUGUGCGAGAUGCAUCGACAAAAAGCCAACAGCAACCAGCGUCGCCUGGACAAAAAACGCAAAGCAGGCCAAAGUACGCUCGGCCUGCCUGACCAUUUGGGCCCCAGCAAAUUGUCGGAUCUGGAGCGUCGCAUGAGAAUGCGCGCCUCUAUUGCUCUCAAGUUAGAGCACGAGCUAGUUAUCGUGCCUCUAACAACGCAGUACAUUUGUCGCCCAUCUGUCUCCGAGCUGCAGCGAGCAGCAGAAUAUGUGGCCAUGGGCAGUGGUCGAUCCACAUCUUGCCAAGAGAUGAAUUUGUGGGACAAUUCAUCGAGCAGGCUAUCAUCUGCAGCUUGGAUGAACGCUUCCUAUCCCAGAAGCCCGCGCGCCAUGCUCCGUGUAGCGAAGAUGGAGCCGAGCGUGGAGGCCCAUGCGUGGAUGCAUCGCAACCAAUAUUUUAUACCGAAGCCGGAGCCGGUUGUGGCUCCACAGCUGCUGCCACCGAUUGCCACCGCAGUUGCGCGAUCCGGAGAGGGGCUCAUAAACUCCACAGUGCUUCAAAGCUCUUUGCACCCAGAGGUUCGACGAGGGACUUCACUCGUCAAGGAACUGCAAUCGGUUUGCGAAUGA